AUGUCUCGGUCACAAUCUUUAACUCUUGAACUUCAAUCAAUUCGCGAUGGUCAAGCUUCUAUUGAACAUCAAAUUGAUAUUCAUGAAAAUUUACAACUAUCACUUGAAGAUGUGUUAGCUGGAUUAAGAUAUGUGGUGGAUUAUCGUCUUAAAGGCGGUAGACUACCAAAUUUGGAUUAUGAAAUAAUGAAAAGAUUAUGUGAAGGUUUAUUGUUAAAUAUGUCCGCUUCUGAAGGUGGUUUACUUAAGAGAAAAAUGACUGCGGAAGCAAAUGAAGCAUUUAUAUUAUUUGGGGAAUUUCUUGAAGAAGAAUUUCGUCGUGCUGUUGGUGAAAAGAAUGUAUCUGAUCUCCAUCAUGCAUUAAAACUUCAUCGCAGAUGUCGUAAAGAUGCAAAUCCCGAAGUAAAGCAAGCCGCAGUAGCAGUAAUAUAUAUGCUAACGAAUUGGUUUCCGCAAUUUUCAGAUUGGCGUGAAUUGGUAAAAGAUGAUGACCAAAGCGAUGUUGAAAAAGUCAUUAAAGAAUUUACUGACAAAAUAAAAAAACCAAGCAUGCCUCCUCUUCAUGGGGUUGCACUUCCUCCUCCAUCCGCCGCAAUUGUUACCGCAGUUGAAAGAGAUUUUAAAGGAAUGAGUGUAUUACUCUUCGUCAUUGUACUUAAUACUAUCAUUGGAUUUACUCAAGAAUAUAAAGCGAAUAAAGCUUUAGAAGCUUUACAAAAAUUAACAGUUCCCCAGGUAUUUAUUCGAGAUGGUCAACAUGUAGUUAUCGAUUCUUCCUCACUUGUCCCAGGUGAUAUUGUAAUAUUAGAAGAAGGUGAUGCUGUUCCUGCUGAUGUACGUAUAGUGGAAAGUUCAAAUUUGGGAAUAAUCGAAUCAAUUCUUACUGGAGAAAGUCUUCCUGUGGUUAAAAAUGUCAAAAAAAUUUGGACAAGGGGUAAUGCAUUUAUGUCAACUAUGGUUGCGAAGGGACGUGGUAAAGGACUUGUGGUUAGAACUGGCGAGGAUACUGAGAUUGGUAAAAUUAGUGCAGCUAUAUCAUCAUCCAAAACAACAAUAACACCGAUUCAACGUAAAUUAUCAAAACUUGGAAAAUUACUUGUAGCUGUUUCGAUAUUUUUAUGUGCUCUCGUUAUAAUUAUUGGAGUCGUUUAUAAACAUGAGGCAAAAGCAAUGAUAAAUGUUGUUAUUCCCGAAGGUCUUGUAGCAGUAACAACAGUGACAAUGGCUGUAGGUGUUCGUCGUAUGGCAAAACGUUGUGCAAUUGUGAGAACAUUACCUGCUGUAGAAACUUUAGGUAGUGUGACCGUAAUUUGUUCCGAUAAAACUGGUACACUUACUGAAGGAAAGAUGGGACCAUCAGAAUUAUGGACAGCAGAUAGUUCACUUUAUUCAUUUACUGAAUCAACAUCCAUGGAUCCAAAUGAAGGUGGAAUAAUAUAUUCUUCUCCGGAAUACCUUCAAAGAACUUUUAAAACGAGUAGAAAUUCUACUGAUCAACUUUCGUUAUCUCAAAAUAAUGAGAAACAAAUUGAAAAAGUUGAUUAUAAGUCAUUAAAACCUCGAGAAUUAUCGCGUAAUUCAAAAGACUUACCACCUCAAUUAAUUGCUUCAUUGAUGGUUUCAUCUCUUUGUAAUAAUUCUUCGGUUAUAAAAGAUAAAGAAUCAGAUAACGAAUGGAAAGGAGUGGCUUUGGUACUUGCAGCACAAAAAGGAGGAAUUUCAAAAGAUUAUUGGGAAAAAGAGUAUAAUUUUGUUAAAAUUCAUGAGAAUCCUUUUGAUAGUGAACGUAAACUUAUGAGUGUAGUAUAUAAAAUUACAAAUCCAACUUUAUUAGAACAUUUAAAACCUACAAAUUUAGUCUUAGUUAAAGGUGCACCGGAAGAAUUACUUCAUAAAUGUACGCAUCACCUUCCGGAUAUUCCAAAAAUUGAUCGAUUUGAUUUAAUUCUAGGACAAAAAGAAGGUUGUAGACCUAUUGAAUUAUCAGAUGAAUUCAUUGAUAAAGUAUCAGAACAAAGUUCAAGAAUGGCUUCACGUGAAAAUAAUUUGACAUUUGUUGGAUUGAUCGGAUUAAUAGAUCCACCAAAAAAAACUGUUAAGGACUCUAUCCAAAAAUGUAAAGAAGCAGGAAUUCGUGUUGUUAUGAUAACUGGUGAUCAUGUUGCAACAGCUACUGCAAUUUCAACAGAUAUUGGUAUAAUAGAACCAGGUGUUCCAAAUAUGAGUCGUGCAAUUCGUGGUGCAGAACUUGACCUUCUCUCAGAAGAAGCAAUUUCAGAAUUAAAUCCGUUCCCUAAUGUUUUUGCUCGUGUUAGUCCAGAUAAUAAACUCAAAAUAGUUCAGGCUUUGCAAAAUCUUGGUAAUUUCGUAGCAAUGACAGGAGAUGGUGUUAAUGCUGCCGAUGUUGGUGUUGCUAUGGGAAUAAGUGGUACCGAAAUUACGAAACAAGCAGCAGAUAUAGUUCUAACAAAUGAUGAUUUCUCUACCAUAGUAGCAGCAGUUGAAGAAGGAAGACAAGUGUUUGAUAAUAUUCUCAAAUUUAUUGUUUACCUUUUAAGUUGUAAUGGAGCCGAAAUUGUUGUGAUGUUACUUUGUGCAAUAAUCAAUGUGGAAUUACCUUUUACCACAAUUAUGAUUUUAUUCGCCAACAUUAUCGCUGAUGUUCCACCUGCGAUUUCACUUGGUGUUGAACCAGCUGAAGGAGGUAUAAUGAAACGAAAACCACGUAAUCCUAAAGCUGGAAUUCUUGACUUAUACACAACUUCAAUUCUUAUAAUGCAAGCAUUUGUAAUGGCAUUAGCAACAUUUGGAAUAUAUGAAAUUGCUUUACAUAUUGAACAUUUAUCAUUGGCGGAUUCUAGAUCAUUGGCAUUUUCAACUUUAACUACUAUGCAAUUGUUUCAAGGAUUCUUGUCGAGAACUUUAUAUGAAAGUGCAUUUAAGACUGGAAUUCUUGGAAAUAAGUGGAUGAUUGUUGGUGUAUUUGGAUCAUUUAUUUCAUUAAUAAUCGGUGUUUAUGUACCAGGCGUUAAAGAUUGGUUAACCCUUACACCAAUUCCAAUAUUUGGUUGGGUAAAAAUCCUCAUAUGUUUAAUUAUUCAAUUAAUGUUUAGUGAAAUUGCUAAAGUAAUUGGUAGAAGAAAUAGAGAUAAAGAAAGUGAAAGAUUAAGAAAUUUGAAUGAUAGUCAACUGGAAGAAGAAGAAUAA